AUAGCCAGCCCACAUGCACACGCAGAGAGAGCUUUACCUGCCUGUCUCUGGCUCCCGCUACAGAGGGGCAAAAAGCGGGAGCGACUGAGACUGCUGCAAGCUACACAAGGGACUUUAUAACCGGCUCCACUUCUGCCUGGCUGAGAUCGCCGAGCAUUUUAAUUAGAAACCCCGUCGCCCUAUCUUCCCUCCCCUGCCCGCCCCCAAGUCACUCUCUGGCUAGGCAAGCCCAGAGAGCCCCGAACAGAGGAGGAGCCAGGCAGCGGGCGAGCGAGCCGGAGUGGAGCUGCCCGGGAGCCCGCAUGAAACUUGGCGAAGUUAGUUGGAAGCUCUGGGAGCCGCCGCCGAGCUCCAAGUUGGAACCUGAUCCCGGGACUGGGCGCUGAGCGGGGCCGCUGGUUCCUGCCCUGCACGGCUCGCGUGCGCUCUAGGGGCCGCAGCAGGAGGCGUCGCGGAGCCCAGACCAGAGUGGGGGACAAUCCUCCGCCCCUCUCCCCCCCAGCAGGCGAAGGAGAAGAAGCGAGUAUGUCCGAGGAGAAAGCGGCUCGCAACGGCUCGCCAGGGGCAGUUAUCUGGCUGUGAGCGGAAGGGACCCAGCUAAUCGCCAGCCUCGCGCUAAAGCGGCCCGGGGAGGAAAGCGGACAGCUCCCGCUGCCCCCGCCACACGCCCUGCGUCCGGAGAGCGCCGGCCCGCGGUUUGUUUGCAGGCUCGCCAUGGGUAGGACUCUGUGAUCAUUGCUUGGAUCGCGGCUCGCCUUGCACGGAAGGAAGCCGCCGUGUCUCCCCUGCUCCCCCCGGCCGCUGUCAAAUGACAAGUCCCCGAGAAGAGUUGAGCUAGUGGAAGGGGAAGGGGGGAUGUUUGCACUUUUCCGUUGUUCCCUUUGAACUCUGGGGGCACCAGCAUCCAACCCGAGCGGCAUCUGGAGAGAGUUUCAAAAUCCUGCUUGAGAAAAGAAAGAAACUUCCCGGCGGAAAGAAGAGACCCGAGCCCGGGACAGUCUCCUGGCUGGGGGCCAGCUCUGGACGGAGAGGAAAGCGGUGCACAGGGGACCUGCCGUUUGGGACAUCGGCUUUCAGGGUGCGGAGAGGAGCCCAGGGUUGGGGCCACCUGGAGCCCAGCAGUCCCCAGGUGCGGGACUUUUCCUCCCGGGAGGCCCAGAGGGAGGGGCGGCCCGAAGUUGGUGCUGCAGUUCCCGGACUCGUUCUGCUGCGGAGCAAAGAUUGAUUUUCUGCGGGCUGCGAGCGGCGGGGGAGAGGUGACCGGGGCAGGCGGCCGCCAGCGCGGGGUGGGCUGCAGCCUGCAGCAGCUGCAGGGCUUGCCGGGGGCCAGCAUGUCCAAGCCGGUGGAUCAUGUCAAGAGGCCCAUGAACGCCUUCAUGGUGUGGUCCCGGGCGCAGCGCCGGAAGAUGGCCCAGGAGAACCCCAAGAUGCACAACUCGGAGAUCAGCAAGCGCCUGGGGGCCGAGUGGAAGCUGCUCACCGAGGCGGAGAAGCGGCCCUUCAUCGACGAGGCCAAGCGGCUGCGGGCCAUGCACAUGAAGGAGCAUCCCGACUACAAGUACCGGCCCCGCCGGAAGCCCAAGACCCUGCUCAAGAAGGACAAGUUCGCCUUCCCGGUGCCCUACGGCCUGGCGGAUCCCGACCACCCGCACGGGCUGAAGGCGGCCGGGCUGCACGGCGGGGCCGGCGGGGGCCUGGUACACGACUCCCUGCUGGCUAACCCGGAGAAAGCGGCCGCCGCCGCCGCAGCAGCAGCCGCCCGGGUCUUCUUCCCCCAGUCGGCGGCCGCCGCCGCCGCCGCAGCUGCCGCCGCGGCCGCCAGCAGCCCCUACUCGCUGCUGGACCUGGGCUCCAAAAUGGCAGAGCUCUCGUCGUCCUCCUCCGCCUCGGCGCUGCCCUACGCCUCCUCCCUGGCCUACCCAGGCUCCGCGGGAGCCGGCGCCUUCCACGGGGCCGCCGCCGCAGCUGCCGCUGCCGCUGCCGCCGCCGGGGGGCACACUCACUCGCACCCGUCCCCGGGCAACCCGGGCUACAUGAUCCCCUGCAACUGCAGCGCCUGGCCCAGCCCGGGCCUCCAGCCGCCCCUCGCCUACAUCCUGCUGCCCGGCAUGGGCAAGCCCCAGCUGGACCCGUACCCGGCAGCCUACGCGGCGGCGCUAUGACAUCCGCGCCGUACGGACAGAGCCGAGCGGCGGACUCCCAGGCUCGGCUCCUGGGAGAGCCGCUUGGGGACAGGUGCAGAGGGAUGGGCGCCAGCAGCUGCGGACUCGCCGACGGGGAAGGUGCAAGGGCGGGACGGGGGCGAGUGUCUGUGUAAACGGGAGCGUUUCUGCCCUGCGCUCCUGCUGCAAACUUCUCGCUGCUCCAGCAGCAGGUGGUGCCUGGCUGGCCCUCCUCGGACCUGUUGCGUGUUGCCCACAGACACCAUUGAGAAGAAACUCCCUAGCUAGAGGUGGUUACCCCAUCUGCCCCCCCCCCCUUUUUUUUUAAGAAUUGGUGUGUGUUGCAUGCAGCCUUUGCAGAUACCUGAGCUGAAAGGGCUUGUUCUCUCACUGGUUUCUCCCUAAGUGCAUCUUCCUUUGCCUGGCCUGUCUCCCUUCCCGCCUCCCAAAUCUGUGCUAUUUGAACUUAUCCAAAACGUCCUCACUGCAACACCACCCCCAAAAAGGGAGCAAAUUGUUGCCAGAGUGGAGGGACAAAUCUGGCGUUUGGAUCUGAAAUGUUUCCUUUGUUUUAUAUCAAGUCCUAUGCGAAGGGGAGCAGGAAACACAAAAAGAAAUAGACUGUAAAGUGAAAUACUGUCCCUCUGAUCUCCCCAGCCCCCCGCUCCCCUUAACAUAUCCCACACGACUUCCUGAAGUCCUCUUCUAUGGGACACUCAUACAAAUUUCAUUCUUAAUUUACAGCCUGUGUCUCUUAUUUUUCCCGAUCCUUAGGUCUCACCUUAAGACUGUAAAUUUGUAAAUUUCUGUGGAAACGUUAGGUCUUUGAUUGAAAAUACGUUGCUUCCUUUGCCCACAUUUGAGUCAGUUUUAGACUCAAAAAAAAAAAAAAAAAAAUGAACGCCUUUCAGAAUAAAUACAAAUAUUGCGUCACCGUUUAAGGAUCGCAAUUUUAUCUAAGGUUAAAUCAGACUUUUUGUCUGAGUGAUAAUUAUAUAUUUAUUAUUUAGCUUAACUGAAACAGAGGUUGUUUUGACAGCAGAAGAAUAUUCUCAUGUUCAAAGAACCGUUCCCUAUCAAACAUGAAGUGUUUAAAUGUGUUUUUGAGUACCCUUCCUACCUGCUUAGGUUAUUUUUAGAGCAACUGCAAUUCAAUUGCAAAUAAUGAUUUAAAAACAAAAAAUAAAUUUUAGAGAAAAACCUUCAUCAGUUAGAGGUUUUUUUUGUUGUUGUUUGUUUUCGUUUUUUACUUUUGUAAUGUGUAUAUUUUGACUAAUGUUUGUGAAUGAAGCUGGCUAACAUGUAUUUAGUUUCGUUUUGGCUCUAUGUAAUAUAAAGAAAAAAGUUUAAGUAUUGGUUUUAA